UCCAUAUUAAACUACAUACAUGUAGCACAACACAUGCAUUUAAUUCGAUGAACCUAGGCAGCUACGCCGUACAUCAAUUGAUAUAAUUCUGCCUAGUAGUUAGAUUGGUCGCGACUACGACUAUCCUGGUUAUUCAGGUACCGUACUGGAGUCUCGAGCAGCUGUCAGCCAAGCACCAACAGGUGGCACGUGCCUUGAUAACGAUCCUCCACACUGCAUUGUCAUGAGGGUCCAAUAUUCGUAUCGAUAAGAGAUAAUCAAGUUCAAUCUUGAAAGUUUGGAACUUUUUUUUCUCUUAUUUCUUAUUUCUUAUUUCUUAGAAUUCCCUCUGGAUAACCCCCACGCAUAUCUUCGCCAUUCUUCCAACAAACCUCAGAACAAGCGCCAUAACCAAAACUCAAAUUUGCGAUUACAGGUUCCAAACAUCAUGGCAAAGAAGAGAAAGGCUACCAGCGACCCUUCGCAACCAAAGGGUCCCCGCGAAUAUAAUCCUGCCGAUGCGAGACUCGGCCCCAUCACUACCUACCAAGACAUUGCCGAUUCCGAAGAUGAGCAUUUUAUGGAAAAGGACGAAAUUAUGUUCGACAAUGGCCCCAAGUCCAAGAAGCAGAAGCGAUUGGAAGAGGAAGACGCUUUCUUAGAACACUCGGACGAAGAAGCUCUUGCAUACGAUGACGAGGGAUCUGAAGACGACGAGGACGAAGACGACUACAAGCGCAAACCUACCAAAUCCUCUAAAAAGGCUCAGGACGAUGGCGAUUCUGAAUCUGGCCAGGGUGAGGAAGGGGGGGAAGGAGAUUCUGGCUGGUGGGGUUCCUCCAGGAAGGAAUACUAUAAUGCCGACAACCCUGAAACCGAGGCCGACGCUUUAGAGGAGGAGCAGGAGGCUCGGCGCUUGCAGAAGAAGAAGUUGGCCAAGAUGGCGGAAAGCGAUUUCAUAUUCGACGAAGCCGAGUGGCUCGCGCCCGAGGGCCAGGAUGCUGAACAGAACGACGUCGUUACCGAAGUCUUGAAGGACGCCGAGAUCCCCGCAGAUUUGGGCCCUGAAGAAAGAUAUCGCCUGCUGCGGACGAGAUACCCAGAGUUUGACUAUUUGGCAGACGAACUUCAGCAACUGCAACCUCUACUCGUGACUGUCCAGCAAGAAGCCGAAAGUCAGCCACCUAAAUCGCUCCCGGUGGUCAGAUACCGGAUCCUUGGCUGCUAUGUCGCUACACUCGCCAUGUAUUUCGCCACCUUGACAUCGCCAGCUAGAGAUGUCAGUAAUGGAACCGCAAAGACUCUCGACCCCACAGAGUUACGAGACCACGAAGUCAUGGGAACUUUGCUUGAGUGCCGAGAUGCGUGGAAGAAGGUAGAGCAUCUUAAGAUGGCAGAUCAUACGAAGGUAGCCGGUGAUCUACUGUCUCCGCCAGACGAAGAACUCUCCAGAAUCGAGGAGGAGGUCGAGGUAGAAUCAGAGCUUACUGCGAAAUCAUCCAAGGCCGCGGCGGCAAAGAAAGCGAAGGACAAGGCCAAGGCCAAGGCAAAGGCAAAGGCCGAGCGUCAAGCAAAGGCCAUUGAGGAAUCACUUGGAGACCUCGAUGCGCUCGUCAGCAAGAAGAACCCGAAGAAGAGGACAGAGACGAAAGCUACAGCCCCAGAGAGCGAUUCCGAUUUCGGAGAAGAAGAGACGCUGGAUGCCAGAUCGGCAGCCGAAAAAGCAGCUCGCAAGAAGAGUCUCAGAUUCUACACCUCGCAAAUCGUGCAGAAGGCCAAUCGCCGCGCAGACGCUGGCAGAGACGCGGGUGGUGAUAUGGAUAUUCCGUACCGCGAACGGCUGAAGGACCGGGAAGCCCGCCUCAACGCCCAGGCCGAGAAGCGCGGCAAGCACAGCUCCCAGGGCGCCGAUCUAGGCGGCGCCAGCGACGACGAAGACAACCAAGUCGCCAACGCGGUGCGCGACGACGAGGACGAGUACUACGACAUGGUCGCCGCCGCCUCGGGCCGGAAGAAGGAGGACAAAGCCGCGAGGGCAGCGGCCGUCGCCGCCGCCGGCAAGGCCGACAGGAUCGUGGAGAAGGAGGAGGUCGGCGAGGACGGCAAGCGCAAGAUCACGUACCAGAUCCAGAAGAACAAGGGCCUCACCCCGCACCGCAAGAAGGACGUGCGCAACCCCCGCGUCAAGAAGAGAAAGGCGUACGCCGAGAAGCAGAAGAAGCUCAGGAGCAUGAAGCCCGUGUACAAGGGCGGCGAGGGACGGGGUGGGUAUGCGGGAGAGCUGACGGGUAUCAAGCCCGGGUUGAUCAAGAGUGUCAAGUUAUAGGGGUAUAAAAGUAUGUACCUAAGGUUGGUUAGUACUAAGCUUCUACGGAUAGAGUACCUUCUAAUACUUUCAUUGUAUA